GGCUUUUGGCGAGCUUUUGAAUAGCCAGACUCUCAGGUUGAUGGCCGAGCCGCAAAGUUUUUACCCCCCGCAGUGUCGACUCCUAGUUUUAGGCCACGUUCAAAAUGCAGCUGAUGGUUCCUACUCUUCCAACUUCAGGAACAGAACUUGAUGUCCCUGGAGAGUGCGGGGAAAAGUGAAAAAUGCAUAAUUCUUUGCUCUUCCCCUACGAAUCGAAUUAUCCUCUCCUUCCUUCCCCUCCCUGUCUCCCAGUCGUGUUUUCAUAUUCUCACCGGGCGAAUUUGGGCUUUGAAACGGUGAGGAGUAGGGGAGAAGAAAAGAGGAAGGCUGUGCCAGUUCCCUGCAGCUAAGAAAUGGCCGAUCAACGAAAACAGUUCGAGUAAAGACUGUGAUGGGAACUUUGCCCAGGUGAGGAAGCAAGAUAAGUAAUCCACCAAAACAUGAGCAGAUGAAUGGCUGGCACUGUUUUAUAUACUCUUCACCCCUGGGGCCAUACCCGAAGAAUCAGCCCCUAUCUUGGAUAUGCUGAUGUUGUGGCAGAGACAAAAAGAGACAGCAGAUUCACAGGAAGUUUUUUUAAGCUUCGGAUUGCUAGUGUGAGAAACACCAACAGCAGGACCAUCUCAGAUCUUCCUUAUGGCAACUCAUGCAAGAAGCUGUUGAACUAGACCCAUUUCCUUUUCCUUUAGAUGAGAAACCAUACAAGCAGUGGUAUUUAUGAGCCUCCAUUUCUUGUACUACUGCAGUGAACCUACCUUGGAUGUGAAAAUUGCCUUUUGCCAGGUGUGUGUUCCUUACAGUUUAAACAAGGGAUUUGAUAAACAAGUGGAUGUGUCAUAUAUUGCCAAACAUUACAACAUGAGCAAAAGCAAAGUUGACAACCAGUUCUACAGUGUGGAAGUGGGAGACUCAACCUUCACAGUUCUCAAGCGCUACCAGAAUCUAAAGCCUAUUGGCUCUGGGGCUCAGGGAAUAGUUUGUGCUGCAUAUGAUGCUGUUCUCGACAGAAAUGUGGCCAUUAAGAAGCUCAGCAGACCCUUUCAAAACCAAACACAUGCCAAGAGAGCUUACCGGGAGCUUGUCCUCAUGAAGUGUGUGAACCAUAAAAACAUUAUUAGUUUAUUAAAUGUCUUCACACCCCAGAAAACACUAGAGGAGUUUCAAGAUGUUUAUUUAGUAAUGGAACUGAUGGAUGCCAACUUAUGUCAGGUGAUUCAGAUGGAAUUAGACCACGAGCGAAUGUCUUACCUGCUCUACCAAAUGUUGUGUGGCAUCAAGCACCUGCACUCUGCUGGAAUUAUUCACAGGGAUUUAAAACCAAGUAACAUUGUGGUCAAGUCUGAUUGCACAUUGAAAAUCCUCGACUUUGGACUGGCCAGGACGGCAGGCACAAGCUUCAUGAUGACUCCUUAUGUGGUGACCCGCUAUUACAGAGCUCCCGAGGUCAUCCUGGGAAUGGGCUACAAGGAGAAUGUGGAUAUAUGGUCUGUGGGCUGCAUUAUGGGAGAAAUGGUUCGUCACAAAAUCCUCUUUCCAGGAAGGGACUAUAUUGACCAAUGGAACAAGGUAAUUGAGCAAUUAGGAACACCAUGUCCAGAGUUCAUGAAGAAAUUGCAACCCACAGUGAGGAACUAUGUUGAGAAUCGGCCCAAGUAUGCCGGACUUACCUUCCCCAAGCUCUUUCCAGAUUCCCUCUUCCCAGCAGACUCCGAGCACAAUAAACUCAAAGGAUCUUAUCAUGUCUUCAAACUUUCAUCAGCCAGCCAAGCUAGGGACUUAUUGUCAAAGAUGCUAGUGAUUGACCCAGCAAAAAGGAUAUCAGUGGACGACGCCUUACAGCAUCCAUAUAUCAAUGUCUGGUAUGACCCUGCAGAAGUGGAAGCGCCUCCACCUCAGAUAUAUGACAAACAGUUGGAUGAAAGAGAACACACCAUUGAAGAAUGGAAAGAACUUAUCUACAAAGAAGUAAUGAAUUCAGAAGAAAAGACUAAAAAUGGUGUAGUAAAAGGACAGCCUUCUCCUUCAGGUGCAGCAGUGAACAGCAGUGAGAGUCUCCCCCCAUCCUCCUCCGUCAACGACAUCUCCUCCAUGUCCACUGACCAGACCUUGGCAUCUGACACUGACAGCAGCCUGGAAGCCUCAGCGGGACCCCUGGGUUGUUGCAGGUGACUAGCCGCCUGCCUGCGAAACCCAGCGUUCUUCAGGAGAUGAUGUGAUGGAACACACACACGCAGACACUCACGCACACACACAAACACAGGCACACGAUGACAAGAAAUCAGCAAGGGGGAGAAUCAAAGCCUAAAAUUGAAACAAAACCUUGUAGCCUGCUUCUUCUCCAAAGUUCUGUAUUGCAGCUAAGCUCCAAUGUGUAUUUAACUUCUAGUUGCUCUUGCUUUGGUCUUCUUCCAACGAUGCUUACUGCAGAGAGAAAUCAAAUCCAAUUAGAGAAGUCUUUUUCAUGAAGUGUAAAUUUAUUGGCUGCCAAACCAGCAACCUGUAACUGCCCUCUCAAAUGGCAUGACAAGGUGUGCAGUGACCCCAUCCAGCAUGUGUGUGUCUCUAUCUUGCAUCUACCUGCUCCUUUUGGCCUAGUCAGAUGGAUGUAGAUACAGAUCCGCAUGUGUCUGUAUUCAUACAGCACUACUUACUUAGAGAUGCUACUGUCAGUGUCCUCAGGGCUCUACCCAAACACCAUGCACUGGGGUACCACAUGGUCCAUUUCAUGUGAUCUAUUACUCUGACAUAAUUCUAUCUGUAACAUAUUAUCAGUAUAUAAGCUGUUUAGUUUGUUAACUGAUUAAGCUGUAUAUCUUAUAAGAAAACAUGUAGAGGGAGAAAACAUGGGGGGAGCAAGCUCUCUCGGACCCUUGAAGAUGUAGCUUCUAAAUUUGAACUGAUUAAAUGGCACCUGUAUACCAAUUUGUAGAAAGAAUAUAUGUGAUGCUUAUAUAUAGUAAGGGGAGAGGGGAGGGGAUAACAGUAACAAAAUUGUUUGGCCUUUAGAAGGAGGUUGUGAAUAAAAGCUGAGAUUCUCUUACUCUGACAGUGAACAAGUAGGAGACACUAGAAAAUAGUGUUACAGUUCAGGCCAAGACCUAAAAGACAGUAUUUCCCAGAUGUUAGAAGACACUGGAAUCCAUAUUUUACACAGUCGACAUUGUUUGUCAUUUCCAAAUUAUGUGUCACAACAGGAGGCUACUGGAAUGGGUGGCAGAUGGUGAGGCAGGGUUAUUGUGUCCAUAUUUGAUAGUAAGGAUCCCUCCCUGGAACAAAGCGGACUCGUCUCCAUAUGAUUUCCUUAAUGGAAAACAAGCCUACCCAGACUGCUUUCAGAUUGUGAGUUGUGUUUUCCAUAAGUGUGUUGUUUCUCAGGGUCAUAACCUGCCACAAUUUUAUUUUGAGAAGAAAUAUUACUUUCCUCUCCUGGGAUUAAAAAAAAAAACAAAAACUAAAAUCUCCCCUUCUCCUGCUCCAAAGCACAGGGUGAUCCUCAGGUUAACAUUUGAAAAUAUCUCCACAGGAAUUAUUGUCCCUCAGUGGUUUUCCUGACUCUUUAAUAUGGCUGAUGUUUCAUAUUUAUUUAUUUUCAUAAAUUUGAUCAAUUCAAGAAGGGCUGAUAAUCUGAGUUUUGUAACAGCAGUAAAUGUGACAGCAAUAAUUCUGCCAAUAACUUACUGCUGUUAACCAACUUUAGCAAGAUAUUUGGUCUUAAAAUCCAUGAAGCAUUAAUGUUAAUGUUUAGCAAAAUCACCUGAAUUUAACUCAAAUUAAAUGAAAGUGCUUUCCCUAGGAGGCACUACGAAACAUCUCAGUUAUAUGAAAGGCAGUAUCAGGGUGACUUCUUAGCAAUAAUAGGUACCAGCUAUAGGCUUCUCUUCUUUUUCACUUUGGUGAAGUAGCCAUCACAGAUAUUUACACUCUAACCAUUUGGUGCUCACCAGUGCGGUGAUAUUUCACCUGAAGAAGGAGCGAUACGCAUGAUGUGGAUGGUUGUUGAGUGUGAUAUGACUGGCAAAUGGAAUCUCCUCAAGACUAGAGCAAACAAGAAUGCUCUGAAAACUGCCUUAAAUAAAAUAGGGAAGCUCUUUUCAAGCAAUAGAGUCAACUGGGAAUGGCAACCACCCUCACUAUCACCAUGUGAGCGAGCUUUACAUUUAUGGGAUUGCUUCACCCAGUAGGAUUUAUUAAGGGGUAACUGGUUUAAGAUGGAGAGAAAAACACUUGACUGUGCAUCUUGGCCCGUGGAAUAAAACUGGCCCAUUUUCUCUAACUUGCUACCAUUCUUUUUUUGUUACUACUCCAGAAACAUGAUUUUUAAAAUGCCUCCUGAUUCACAGACACUCUAUCACAUUUCUUUUUGUCACACCUCCUGUUUUUUUUUUGUUUUUCUUUUUUUAACUACUUCCCUGUAUCCCUUAUUCUUUCCUUUAACUCCUUUUUCUGUACUCUUUUCUUGAUGUAUCUGUGGCCACUCUCUUCUCUUGCUUUCUACCACAUGGUGUUAAGUGCAGAGAGCAGGCAGCCAUUAGAAAGAAAGGGAGUUGCAAGGGAAUUUCAUCAGCCUCCAGAUGCCAUUGAAACACAGAAGCAAAGCUCUAGAAAGCAUCUUAGAAGUGCUUGACAAUUAGACUUUUUCAUGCCUGCAGAAGUUGUGACUUUCCUUCACUCAGAUUAAGCCAGGCAAGAGCUAGACAAUGCCCCUCCCUUGCCUAAGUAUCUGUCCUGUUGUAAGGCUCUUGGGAGGUGGUUACCUUUCACUGGGCCUCCUUAUGGACAGGAAAAAAGAGGAACAAAUCACUUAGAUUGAAGGAUCAUCUAACAGUAGUGCUAAGGGCUUGGCCUCCUGACUGCUUGUAGGCUUAAAUUUACUUGGCUACCAAAGCAGGAUGGGCAAAGUGAAUCAAAGAAUCUCCACUUCAAGUCUGUAAAUCCUUCAUGCUUUUAUGUCUACUUCAUUAUAGUAUUUUCAGGAGGUGAUAAUGCUAUCAUCAAAUUCACAGAAUAUAUUAUGUACUGCAUUGAAUCUUCUUUUCUGAAGAAAACUAACAUGUCCUGUGUAGUCACCUGUUACUUCCAAAGGACUCUGAUCUUUCAGGCAGGAAAUGUCAAGUCAAUUGCAUUAUAUUCAAUUGGAAUAGAAAGGUCUUGCCUGUGGUUGGAGUUCAUUUAGAACAUGAAGCUGGUGCUCUGUAGAGCCUAACCUUCUGUCAGUUCCCCUAUGGCAAUUGUUUCAGCAGUGACCCUUAAAAAAAAGAUUGUGAUUUGAAGGAGGGGCAAUGACAUGCCUGUGUGCAGGAGGAAUUAAAUUGUCACGAGAGUUUGGAGAAACCACCACAACUUUAGCAAUCUCUUUGCUAUUUAUAUGUGUGUUUUUUGGGGGCAGUGUGUCCAGUUUUAAAAAGUGAUACAUUGGCCUUACAACAAAAUCUCUUCUUGCGGGAUAAAAACUUGCAUCUUCAAGAAUCUGAUGACUGAGCUUUGUAGAAAUGUACCCCACGGUUGGACCAGUACCUGGCAACUCCCUCCGGUUGGAGUACGCUAUUUUACUGAGGGUCAAGGAGCAGAAUGAUUUUUCCAAAUCUGUUAUCAUUAUCAGAAAGAUGUUACCUAAGGAUACUGAUAGCAUCUGUCUCAUAAAUUAAAAAAUAAGCCAUGGCAAAUGGAACAAGUGGAAUAGACUGAAAUACAUAAGUCCUUUUAAGAGCUGUCGGAAAAAAACAAUAAGCAAAACUGAUUUGAAUUUUAAAAUAUUUAGUGCAAAAUCUAAAUGAUUCAAAAUGUGUCUCUUUAGUUCUCUUACUAUACAACUUAAAUCUUAAAUGCAUGAAAUUCUGUGAAGAUGCUGUCAGCUCAGAAAUAUAUUUUCUAUAGCUCAGAGAGAGGAGUAAAAUUGCCCCAGGAAUCUUUGAUCCCAGACACAGUGGGUCUGAAAAGAAAACCUCCUCGCAGUUCAUGAUACCCACAUGCAUUUCAAUUGUGAGAGUCCAACAUUUUCCACGGAUAUCAUUAAACCAAGCAGGGAAACUCUUUUCUGUAAAAAACAACACUAAAAUGAAAAUGUAAAUAGUUAUAUUAGUUAUUUUCCUUGUGAUUGAAAUUAUGAGAUUUUAUUAUUUCUUUUGGAGCUUAGGCAGUGCUUUAGCUGUCUGAAAAUGACUCACUUUGACCCAGUUCCUUGGUCGGUAGAGCUGAAGUGGAAGGCCUCUGUUAAUAUAUGACCUCCUGUGUAUCUAACUUUUGAUUAUGUGGGACCAAUGGCCAGUAUAUUCUAAUGAUAAUGAAAUCUCCCAACCCUCAUCUAGCAGUAAACUGUUCACCUUGCCAUGUCCAUCUUGGAAUGAGACCUAAUUUGCACUUGCCUGUAAUUCUGCAUGAUUGGACUCCAGAGACUAUUACCAAUGAUGAAAAUUGUCAUGUAUCAGUGUUUAUAAAAUGGAUUUAAAGCACACACACAUUCACACGUACCUCACCUUUAAAAUUCUAGAUCAACCCUGGAAGGCAAAACCGUGUAUGUUUCUUUGCAAGGUUCUUAGAGGUUAGAACUAGUUAAAGUCAGUCAGCCUGAUGGAGAAAAUACAGUCUCAGUGAUGUUUAAUAAGGCUCUGAAAUCAUUUAAAUUAUUUCUGUGUUCUUUCUCACUCUCUUUUUCAUUUUUACUUUUUUCCUUUAUUUUCUGUCAGUGGAACCAGAGGGCAAACGGGGGGAGAACGCUGGCUUCUUUUGACUCUGUGUAGGUCAAUACUGAGUCAAUACGUUGUGAUUUCACUUUCUUAUGAAUUAUUAAAAUCCAGAAGAACUAUGCUUCCCUUAACAUAAAAUCAAAUCCAAAUCA